AUGACGCCCAUUUCCGCUAUCAACUUCGCUCUGGACAGCUGGACCAUUCGCGCUCGCUGUGUCAAGAAACGCCCCCUGAACCACUACAGAAACAACUACGGUCCUGGUACGCUUUCAUGUUUCGAACUUGAGGAUGAUUCCGCCCGAAUUCGCCUCACAGCUUUCGGCGAUGCUGCCGAUCCUGUUGACGAAAUUGUUCGUCUAGAUGCCACGUACGAAGUCGAUUGCUGUUGUGCAAACGUUCGCAGAGCGAACUCUAGGUUUUGUGAUUUCAACCACUUUGAAAUUAACAUCACCUCUGCAGAGUGUAUCAAAGAGAUUCCGACAAUAGAAGACGUUAAGCCUUGGGAAAGUUUGCUCAAUCAGACUUUCAUGCCCGUACAAGUCGAGGAACUGCGACAAGUACCUGUCAAAAGAGAAUUAGGAGAAUUCCAAGUGCCUCAAACUAUCGGACAGACUCCAGCAUCUCAAAUCCUCAGGCAGGCUCAAGCACUCCAGGCUCAAGCACUCCAACAAAUACAAGAAUUCCAAACCCCCGGAAACGUCGCCAAUGUCAAAGCCGAAGGAACCCCUAUUUUUAUACCACUCCAAAGUGAUGGGAAUUCGUACACGAAAAUAAGCGAGUCUGCGUCCGACUCUCCAUCGGAACCACUCGCCAAGACGCAAGAAUCUGAGGUGCCCUUCUCCCUGACUCUGUCUCGACCCCCUCAUCGUCUCGGUCCGUUCUUUGCCACGGUUGCAGAAAUCAGAGAACUUGACGCUGGUGCUCGCUGCGACUGCCAGGGCGCGGUGACCAGCAAAGGUCGACUCGUCAACUCUGGUGGAAUUCCAAGCCUCAAGAUUACUGUUACAGAAUUGUUGACCAGCAGGCCAAUCUGCGUCGAGCUUUGCGGAGAAGAUGCGAAAUUUCUGAACGAUCAAGGAAUGGACCGUUGCCCGCACAUCGAAAUAUUGCAUGCAAAGGUUCACUUUUGGUUAGGAGACUGGGGAGACCGCAGUCAAGUUGUGCUGAAAGUAGACUCUGAUGCAACGGCGCUAAUUCGGUUUGAAAACCCAGCAGUCUCGGAGAAGGAUGCGUCACUAUCACCCACAUCCGUUCAUGAACUUGCCAAAAGUCUUGCCAACCUGGAUGCUUCAGGAGAGGCCACCAAGAUCGAUUCUGAGACUGCGCAUCGAUAUACUGUGUUCAUAAGCCAUGCCUCUGCUAACAAGGAGAAGGCAGCGAAGCCGUUGCAUGAUUACCUUAAGCAGCGAAGAAUUAAAAGUUUUCUUGACAGCGGAAGAUCGCGCUCAGGCGACCAGAUCUCCGACUCUCGUAUGGCGGGGAUGAAGCAUGCGAUGGUAGGAGUAUUCGUUCUCUCCCCAGAAUUUGUGGCGAGCAAAUGGACCAUGCAUGAGCUGCGCUGUUUCAUGGACAGAAGAAGAGAAGACAUGAGAAAAGGUCGCAAUCCACCUGAGAUUGUUGCCUUUUUUCACAGAUGGAGUGUUGCAGACUGUCGCAACCUCGCUUUUUUCUCAAUCCGCGGAGAAGAUGGAGAAGACGUUUUUCGCAAUGAAGGUUUCUUUAGCGAGGAGCGUCAGAAGAACUUCCCGGUGACAGAUGUGUCGCGUUACCUCACAGAGCUUGCCGAUUUGAUGGAAGUAAAGAUUACUGACACGGAGCAUCGAAGAGCUUGGGGAGCGCGUGACCGGCGCAUGGUCGGAGGGCUUUUGGACGCGGUAACGGAAGGUCUUCAAAACCUCAUAGCGGAAGCCGACAAGCAAUAG